AUGGUCCGUCCCGCCUCUGUGUGUGUGAACAUCACCACCUUAGUCCAGCUCGCCCUCGUCACCGUCCCACCUCGACCUCGACCUGUGAGCGUGCCAGGGACGAAGCAUUGUCGUGGCCAAUUUGGUCGCAACCUCAAACCUGCCAUCGACACAGACCUGGAGAUGGAGCUCCGACCAGUACAGGCCGUCCUUCUCGCUGGCCGAUCGGCCUCGAGAAGGGCAAUUGCGACACCAUCAACACUAUCUUAUCCCCUUGCGUUCUCCCUAUACCGAUCCGUCUCCUCGACCCGACCCUCUCUCUCAGAAGCAGAAGCCACUGCGCCUGCUCCCACUCCCUCACUGUCCGAGACCAAUCGACAGCACCAGCAGCAACACCAGCAGCAAUCGUCGCAGCAACCACGGGCGAGUCUGUCGCCCAAUCCAGCCAGCAAGAACAGAAAGCCCGCAGCGGCUGGCUUGUCGUCCCUCCUCACACCCAACAAUUCCACAGCGGCAGCACCACCACCGUCAUCAUCGACAACCCCACCGCCCACCUCCAAGGACAGCCUCCUCACCCCCUGGGCGACGCCCAGCUCGCCGGGCCUGCGCCGCUCCCAGGCCAACCGCACCAUCAACCCAUCCGAUAAAUACGGCAUCCUCGAGACCCUGCAGGAAAUGAACCUCGUGGCCCCCAACAUGGACGACCUGCUCAACAACACGGCCCUGCAGAACGAGUCCGCCGCCGACAUCAAGUACCGCCUGCGGCCCUCGGUCGGCCGCACCGUCCACCUCGACUCCAGGGUCGACCUGGCCCGCGGCCUCAACAUGCUCAACUUCCACGUGCGCAGGAACAAGGUCGUCCAGGACCUCGCCCGCCAGCGCUUCCACGAGCGGCCGGGGCUCAAGCGCAAGAGGCUCCGCAGCGAGCGCUGGAGGGCCCGCUUCAAGGACGGGUUCAAGGCUACCUGUAAGCGGGUGACGGAGCUUGCGAGGCAGGGGUGGUGA